AUGUCGACAUCCCGUUAUGGCCAGGUGGAAAAUAGUAAUAAUCAGAGGUUGGACGAAUUGGCAUCCAAGCUUUCUACCUUCAGGAAUGUAAACGCGGAAAUUGGGAAUGAAGCUCGUGCCGACACAUCCGUUAUGGAUCAAAUACAAAACCAGUUUGACUCGAUGCUACUAAAGGUCAAAAACUCAUCAUCAAGACUUACCAGAUCGAUGAAUGCUGGCAACAACAUUUGGAGAAUGGUCGGUCUCUCGCUCUUGAUAUUCUUCAUUGUAUACUUUCUAUUCAAAGUUUUUUAG